AUGACUCACUCAGUUCUCUCCCGACGGGCACAAAAUGUCGUCGAUGCAGGAUCCGAGAACCCCAUGUGGGAUGUGAUGAAGGAUACAUGGCACGCAUCCACAAACCCCAACGGCUACGUCAAUGUGGGCGUAGCAGAAAACACCCUGAUGCACGACGAGCUCUUGAAAUUCAUCAACAAGAAGCUCGAGCUACCAGCAAAGUACCUCACAUACAACGACGGCGGAUGCGGUUCAUCCAGAUUGAAGGCCGCCAUCGCCGCAUUCUUGAACCACAACCUGAAGCCAGUCACGCCUCUCGAGCCCAGCCAUAUCAUGGCGACCAACGGAGUUUCGUCUGCGGUUGAGCAUGUCGUAUGGUCAUUUGCUGAUCCGGGGGAGGGAAUUCUUCUAGGAAGACCGUACUACGGCAUGUUCAUCCCUGAUAUCUCGCUGCGAUCGGGUAGUCCCGUGGUUCCUGUCAGUUUCGGCGAACACGAUCCUCUCAGCGUCGAGGGUGUGGAUAAGUACGAAGAAGCAUUGCUGGAGUUCCACCGAAAAACCGGAAAGAAAGUCAAGGCUUUGAUGCUAGCCCAUCCUCAUAAUCCCCUCGGACGCUGCUAUUCCAGAGAAGCGCUCGUCAAGUUGAUGCGGCUCUGUCAGAAAUACCAGGUUCAUUUCAUCUGUGAUGAAAUCUAUGCGCUUUCGGUCUUUGAAAAUACCGUCGAUGAAUCUCCCCCAGCUGUCAAAUUCGAAUCCGCCCUCUCCAUCGACCUGACCGGAAUUAUUGACCCUCGGUUGGUCCAUGUCCUCUGGGGUAUGAGUAAAGACUUUGGCGCAAACGGUAUCCGACUCGGUGUCAUCAUUUCCCAGGCCAACGGUGAUGUUCAUGCCGCAUUAACAGGCCCAGCACUUUACUCUUAUGCUUCUGGAAUCACGGAUCACUUGACUUCUCUCAUGCUUGAAGACUUCGACUUCACCACACGGUAUAUUAAGCAAAAUCAGAAACUGCUGUCAGAGUCCUAUGCAUACACGGCGAAUUACCUGAAAGACCACGGAAUCGAAUAUGCAACAGGAUGCAAUGCUGCAUUCUUCGUCUGGAUGAACCUGGGAAAGAAAUACCGAGAGCUUCACCCGGAGGAUGAGGGCGAGGAUGUUGGGGAACGAGUCAUGCAGCGCCUUCUGCAAAAGAAGGUCUUUUUGGCCAGCGGCUUUCUUUUCGGGUCUGAGAAGGAUGGCUGGUUCCGAAUUGUGUUUACACAGGGCCAUGACUAUUUGAGCGUGGCUUUAGAAAGGAUAAACGCGGCACUUCAGGAGUAG